AGGACGCGAAAUUUGAAAAUGGCUACAGAUGAAAUCGACAAGAUUUUCUGUUAGUAAACAAUGGCAAUGUAGUUUAGCAUCGUGUUUCUCAUGAACAUGACUGAAUCGUCAAAGGGAGGAAGCAAAAUAAGUGAAUGUGGGGAGCCUGGCCUGUCUGACGACGAGAAUGAGGUUUUCUUUGGCGAAAUCACCCAGCGGGAGAGACGUCGUGCAGUGAAGUAUUCUCGUCGCCGCACUGUUCUCUACAUUCCUGGAUUCAGGAAAGACAAGAGUUUAAUGAGAUACAGCCAAGAGUUCACCCCAGACGGCCCCUUCAUCUAUGCGCACGAAGAAGUAACCUCGGAUGUGUGUGUGAGUGAGAGUUCAUCCGACACAUCACUGACCAAACACAAGGAAGUCUCUGAGGAAGACAAAGACAUUGUUGUGAAGAAGCUGUUUGCAUCUUUGACUGAACCAGCUGCAGGGGAUUGCGAGGAGGGCGGGGAGUCUGGUGCUUCGAAGCUGUCCUCGCCGACCGAGCCUGCAUCUAGCGAGUCUGCCAUGAGUUCCCCCUGCAUCAUGGAAGGAGGGGGGGAGUGUAUGGCCAUGGACCACUGUAGCAGUUUUUUGUCAAAGAACAUUGAAGCCUCCAGCAAACUCUUCGACAGUGGAGUUGACUGUGGGGUCGGAGACUCCGUGCUUUUCUCAUCCAAACUCUCUGAAUGUGCAUCGUUAAGGAUCGAGUCUGGACUCACCAUUCGUGAGAAAGACUCCAAGUCAGUGCUAUCAAACUUCUCCGAAAAUGACAAUAGGGAAAAUGAUGAGAUGGUUUUUGCUCGGCCACACAGCAGAAUGGCGUUCGCUCAUUCAUCUCAAAUUGCUUCCAUGAGUGACAAUGUUCUGUCAAACACCCUCCCACGGAAGUUUGGACACUCUUACCAUGCUGGGACUAACUAUGCAGGUUCAUUCUUGUCCGAUAUGGAGCAUGGCGAGAGUGUGAGUGACAUCAGUGAUGUUGAUGGAUUUAAAAGACCUUUCCGACUGCACGGGGUGUUUGUUGGUACACAGACUUGUCAGACCAACAUCAGCACACCACGUGUUGCCUCUACAGCAUCCAACUUCCCUUUCUCAAGUCCGCAUCUCCUAGUCAGUCCCAUAGCAACAUACAAAGCCAACCCUAGUAACAGAGACACUGAAUCGGUUGCCUCUUCACAAAGUUCUGACUCGACUCCGUCCAAGUUGGUGAAGAGUAAAGUCAGUGCUUUCUCCUCAUUCCCAGCUUCCACUGCAGUCAGAAGAAGUCUUCGCAAGAAGAGCAUGGAAGAUAGCAGUGUUAGUGUGUUGCCAGAACCAAAGAUUAAGAUGGCCGACCUGGAUCCAACAAAGGGUGAUUCUUGUGUAGGGACCAGUGAUGUGGUUACAUCGUGUGGGAACACUACAUGUCCAAGAGUGCCGGACUCGCUGGUAUCCCAUAUCUCGAUGGAUGAGAGCAGUUGUGCAACCAAUAAACCAGCAGUACCACCUAAACCUGUGAUGACCACGACAUCCACCCAAUCAGACUAUCUCUCUCUACCGUCCACACUGGCUGGUCAGCAAUUACUUCUUGUCAAGAGCUCGGAACUGGCCAAGGGGCAGCUAGAAAGUUCUCCCGAGUCCCUCGUUUCUCAGUCGUCUUGGUCAGAUCUGAAACUGUCCGCUCUGGGUAUCAACAAAGAGCGUUUGUGUUUCGCCACAGUGUCGUCAGAUUCAUCAAGUCUUCAAACACAGAGUGGUGAUACAAAUUUGACAUCAUCAUCAGAUGUUCAUAAACCCGAUUUAGUCAGUGAAAGUGAAAAACCAGUGGGUCAGAGGUCGUCGGAGGAGGAGGUUCUAGAAUCUCUGGGAAAGAAACAAGAGACUGAGAAUGUGACUUCGUCUUCCCCAUCUACGGAGUGUGAGCUGGGCAUGAACACGGAGUACUUCACCCUCAAUGACAAUGAAGCAAGCACGCCAGACUUAUUCAAAUCUCACAGAUGUGAUGAUUAUGUUGAUGGGGAAUUUAGUGGCGAUACCCAGUCACAGACUGACGAACAAGACGAGGAUGCAGGCCCAUCAGAACUAGACACUUUGCUCCCCGGACCUGAUUGUGAAACAACGUUGCUUGACAAAGAUUACUCCCCCGUCAAAGGUCGUAGUUACGAACGUCUUCAGAAACAACUUAAAAAUCGUCCAGGGUUGGUCUGGCCGAAUCGAUACAUGACCGAUUCGGAAAGCAGCGAAACAGAAGACAACGGUGAACAUUCUUUCGACAGUGGCAGUUCGGAUUCAUCACUCCUGGACUACAGUGCAUCCGAUUCAUUCGAAGCGAUGAGUCCACCACCCAAACCCGAGCCAGUCAUCAUCAAUGAUGGGAAGCUGAAACCAUGGCGACCACCAGGUCACGUGGAGGUCAAUGUUAAAAAAAGCUCUGAAGGCAAGUUCUUGUCGCGAACAGGCUUUCAGGCAAGACUUAGAAAAAUAAAGGAAAUGACAGUUAAAGGAACCAAGAGAGGAUCAAGCUUCAAGUUUGGAAGUUUGUCCGGCAACAAAGAAAACCAGGCCAAAGGAAAAUUAUACCCUAAGUCUCCGCUCCCAAAGAACGACAAGUCAGAAAAAGACAAGAAAAAGACACCCUGUCGUAGAAAGAAGAAGUCUGAUAUGACGGAGUUGGAGAUUGACGAAAUGACGAAGCUACACACCAUGUGUAACGGACAGCGAGUGGUCCGCUACCUCAACUUCUCCGAGUCCCCCAUGAUCAUCAAGCAUUAUCCUGCUCCCAAGGAAGCUUCUAAACUCAGCUGGAGCAACACCCUGGCCAACAGUGAUCUGUCGUAUCACUCCCCAACUCGCACAUCAUCUAAACCCUCAGCGAGGCCCAUACUCACACAGCGACCUCUGAACCACACCUACCCAUACAGCGACGAUGUCCCAUCACCAAUCAUCUUGACGAGGACACGACGAACACACACACUGUCACAGAGGGUAACACAGCUGUGACCCCACAUGUGUGUCCGAAACUCACACAUCUGUCUCGACACUCCAUCAUUUCACAACACUGGGCUCUUCGCUGCUGAAACUGUCAGCGACAAUCUUCCACCACCAUCCUCUUUACAUGAAUACUAGAGACAUCUUUGUUCACCAGCAUUUAGGUUUUUGUUGAUAAUUUGAGCUUUAGCUUUUGACAAGACCAGAUUAGUUUUUUUAUUUUGAUAGUAGUUACAUUUCGUAUCUGUAUUAAAUGAAAUUUGGGAUAUGCUUUGGGAGAAUACUCUCAAGAUCUAGUCAUUAUCUUUCUGUAGAUGUCAGUUGUGAUAGCUUCUCUUGAGUAAUAUUGAUAAAACUAUAACUAUUUCACCUCAUAUUACAAAGUCAUUUUCACUCAUACGUUAACUUUUAGCCAAAAAUGUAUUUAAACAAUCAUAACAGAAAACUAUACAAUACUAUAUUCUAUAUUUCAUAUCGGCUUUUUAAAAUUCAUGGGUAACUGAAUCUUUGUAGUUCUCCCUUCAGUCAGGGAUGAGAAUUUAUCGCAGAUUUCGUUGUCAAGGGUAAUAUUUGUGAUACAUGCCAUUACAAUAUACACAAAUAGGAUAUACUUCCCUAGACCCCGGCUAACUUUCAGUGUUCUUUGAAAGAAACCAUUCUCAACCCUGUUCAAAUUGAGCACGUACUGAUGGCUAGUUUCUGUUGAUAUGAUGGAGUAGUUUUGUGUAGAUGUGGAAGACGGUUCCCAUGAAACUAAUUAUAUCAGAUGUAUAUUCAUGUACAUAAAAGUUAACACUAGUCCACCAGUAAUUUGAGUAGCUUCAACUGUACAUAAAAUUAACAUGUAUAUUAAUGUACACAAACUCCACCCUGACAAUCAUUUAUCAAUAACAUUUAAAACAACAUAGAUUAAAGAGCAAAUAUAUGAAAACAGUAUUAAAAAUCAUUUUGAAAAUAUAUAUUAACAUUCAACUUCUUUUUAAGCAUGAAGUCUGGAUGACUUCUGAGAGACUGUCAAUACCAACAUCGUUUAGUUAUGAGUUCUGUGAAAGUAGGUUAUGAAAGUAUAUCUGACAUGUUCAUGAUAGCAUCACUGCCUUACCAGGUAUUGAAACACCAGUAUUAUCUGAAACAUGGCUCAAUUUAAUACUUUUUCUGAUCUCAUUACCACCUUUCUAACUUUUUAGAUAAUUGUUUUGAGCUUUUACAGGCUUGUUGAUAAUAUCUGUUGUUUAUUAACAAUAUUCAGUUUAUAGAUAUGAAAUUAUUAUUAUUGAUGUGCAUCAGAGAUGUAAUGUUUUUUUUAUGUCAAAUUUAAUUACACUUCACAUUCACAAAUGAAUACAUCAUCUUUUGUAAAUUAUAUUUCCUGAAAUUGUAUAUUAUGUACAUUUGUCUUUUUGUUCCGAUGUGUGUGCAAUAUGCGCAGCGAUGUCAUGUUAAGUUAUUGUUGCUCCGUGUUGUGUACAGACGCUUGCAUGGUAGACAACGUGUGAGGUGUGAGCCUAGACCGUUCUAGAAUAUAUACAAAUGCUAUAAAGACUGAUGGGAUCUUGUGAUACUGUUGUGUGAUCUGAGACAAUAUAGGUGAUAAAAGAAAACCAUGGUUGUACAUGCCUCAUGCUAUUGGAAAAAUAAAUGAAUCUCAUUUUCAA